UUGAGGAAAGGGUGAGGAAUACCGGGUGCCUGAAGAUCCCGGUGAAUCUUGUGUUCCACAGACUCAGAAGAAAAGUCGGGUGGUUUUUCAUCCGCUAAUUGUCAGGUUUUGUGGGCAGUGGGAAGCAGGAGUUGGGACAUGGACAGCCGCUUGCAGGAGAUCCGGGAGCGGCAGAAGUUACGGCGACAGCUCCUUGCACAGCAGUUGGGAGCAGAAAGUGCCGAUAGCAUUGGUGCUGUGUUAAAUAGCAAAGAUGAGCAGAGAGAAAUUGCUGAAACAAGAGAAACUUGCAGGGCUUCCUACGACACCUCUGCUCCAAAUGCAAAACGUAAGUAUCAGGAUGAAGGAGAGACAGAUGAAGACAAAAUGGAAGAAUAUAAGGAUGAAUUAGAAAUGCAACAGGAAGAAGAGAAUUUGCCUUAUGAAGAAGAGAUUUAUAAAGAUUCUAGUACUUUUCUUAAGGGAACGCAGAGUUUAAAUCCCCAUAAUGAUUACUGCCAACAUUUUGUAGACACUGGACAUAGACCUCAAAAUUUCAUCAGGGAUGUAGGUUUGGCUGACAGAUUUGAGGAAUACCCCAAACUGAGGGAGCUCAUCAGGCUGAAGGAUGAGUUAAUAGCUAAAUCAAACACUCCUCCGAUGUACUUACAAGCAGAUAUAGAAGCCUUUGACAUCAGAGAACUGACACCUAAAUUUGAUGUGAUUCUUCUGGAACCCCCUUUAGAAGAAUAUUACAGAGAAACUGGCAUCACUGCUAAUGAAAAAUGCUGGACUUGGGAUGAUUAUUGUUUUGGUUUCCCACAGAUUAUGAAGUUAGAAAUUGAUGAGAUUGCAGCCCCUCGAUCAUUUAUCUUUCUCUGGUGUGGUUCCGGGGAGGGAUUGGACCUUGGAAGAGUGUGUUUACGCAAAUGGGGUUACAGAAGAUGUGAAGAUAUUUGUUGGAUUAAAACCAAUAAAAACAAUCCUGGAAAGACUAAGACUUUAGAUCCAAAGGCUGUCUUCCAGAGAACAAAGGAACACUGUCUUAUGGGGAUCAAAGGAACUGUUAAGCGUAGCACAGAUGGGGACUUCAUUCAUGCUAAUGUUGACAUUGACUUGAUUAUCACAGAAGAACCUGAAAUUGGCAAUAUUGAAAAGCCUGUUGAAAUUUUUCAUAUAAUUGAACAUUUUUGCCUUGGUAGAAGACGCCUUCAUCUUUUUGGAAGAGAUAGUACAAUUCGACCAGGCUGGCUUACAGUUGGACCAACUCUUACAAAUAGCAACUAUAAUGCAGAAACCUAUGCAUCCUACUUUAGUGCUCCUAAUUCCUACUUGACUGGAUGUACAGAGGAAAUUGAGAGACUUCGACCAAAAUCACCUCCUCCCAAAUCGAAGUCUGAUCGGGGAGGCGGAGCUCCCAGGGGCGGAGGAAGAGGUGGAACUUCUGCUGGCCGCGGCCGAGAAAGGAAUCGAUCUAACUUCCGAGGCGAAAGAGGUGGUUUUAGGGGGGGCCGUGGAGGAGCACACAGAGGUGGCUUUCCACCUCGGUAACUUUUUAAGACACUGAUCUGUUAAUGCCUCUAUAUCUUCUUCACUGUAGUUUGAUUUCCAACUGGGGGACUUUGUUUAGCAUUCAGUUCUGGCUUGCAUUUUUCUUUAAUUUCUCUAAACUGCAGGAAUAUUUUAGCCAAUCUCUCUCGCAGUUGUUAUACACAUUGUGUAGUUUUAUCCAGGAAAAACAGGUCAUCCUGCCUUCGGUCAUGUGCAUGUAACUUAACAGUGCAACAAACACCUUCCUUUCCGAGACUAAUUUAUUCUGAUAGAUUCCAACUAAUUACAAAGGCUUUUGCCUUUUAGAAAUAGUUUUAAGAGAACAGUGAAAAAGACCCAAUCUGUAGCGUCAUACUAGUGCCAAGAGCAGUUGAUAAUGGGCAUCCUACCACUGUUGUUGUGGCAAAUGGAAAGCUGUUUGGGAGCCUUGAUAGAACGGAGUUGGGACAGAUGGUUAACUUCUGUCAAAGUUUUAACAUUUUCUUGAUGAAACAAAGACUUUUUUUUCAUUUUAAAAAAUCUUAUACUCAGAUAUAAUUUGACUACUAGUGAAAAAUUGAGAGAAUUUGAACAAAAUCAGCUCCUCCUAAACCCAAAUCCCAAUCUGAUAGGGGAGGUUGGUGCUCCCAGCGGUGGGCAGAGGAAGAGGUCGAAUUUAAUAGGCAGACUUAAAAAGAGAGAAAAAGUUCAUCAUAAUUUCAGUUGCAGGUGACUGUUAAUCACUUGCUAAGAGGCGAAGGAGGACAAAUAUCCAAGUGCUAGAACUUUGGUGUAGACUUGGAUUGACCUUCAAAGCAGCUUCAUAUAUUCCUUAGCAAAGUAAAAGAAACGAGGCAACAACAGAGAGAACUGGUUAAUCAGGUGUUUUGAGAAUAAAGUAUUUGGUGAUGAGGAAAUGACAUCUUUAAACUUGUUAUGGAGAAAACAGUAUUAAAAACCAAUUACAGAAGACCCUCAACUUAAGACAGCUUAGAAAAUGGAAUUGCAGUUGCCUUUUAUUAAAACCAUAUGGUGUGUUGUUUUUAAGAGCCUGGUUUUGUAGAUCGGUUGGUUGUAUAAAGCUUUCUUCUGUCAUUUCUCUUUUUAUACUGUAACUCAUGUUUUAAAUGAAUUUGAUGAAUGAAAUAACCAUUAUUGUUCUUGAAAAAUAUAUUUUUUAUUUGUGUAUGAUUUUUCUAAUGAAACUUUAAACCCUUGAAAUGUGGGAGUCUGUUUUCUGUAAGUGGAAUUGCCUUUGUUACCAAAUGAAAAAGGACUGACUUAAGAUUAGACUUUUUUUUGGUCUUUGAUGCAUUUUAGUAGCCAUUCUCAGCUUUUCAUUGGCUCAGUUAUACCUCAAGUGAUGUUAUAUUACACACACUAACAACUCAGUUUGAAGAUAAGGGCUGAAUUACAGAAAUAGGGUUGAGAUCCUUAAAAGCCUGGUGAAUUUAAUGUACUCAACCUGUUGGUACU